AUGGGAAAUUGCCAAGCCAUAGACAACGCAAGCAUACUAAUCCAGCACCCAAACGCCGCCAAAAUCGAGCGGCUCUACGCCCCAGUCGCCGCCGCUGACGUCAUGAAAGCGAACCCCGGCCACCACGUCGCCCUCCUCCUCACCACCACAACCCUCUACUCGUCCUCCGCCGCCGGCGCCGGAGAGAGCAGAAGCGGCCCCCUUCGGGUCACUCGGAUAAAGCUUCUCCGGCCGACCGAUACUCUUGUUCCUGGCCAUGCCUACCGGCUUGUAACCGCCCAAGGGGCCUAUGAAACUUCUGUUCUGUUUUAUACUCUUUAUCUGCUUGGAUGA